AUGGCUGUUACUGGAGCUCGGGCAUUACAUUAUGUUUUUAAAAUUGGUAAUCGUAAGGAAUCAAUUAAUUUUUAUACUCAAAAACUUGGAAUGAAAAUUUUAAGACAUGAAGAAUUUGAUGAAGGUUGUAAAGCUACAUGUAAUGGUCCAUAUAAUGGUAAAUGGUCCAAGACUAUGAUUGGAUAUGGAGAUGAAAAAGAUCAUUUUGUUCUUGAAUUAACUUACAAUUAUACAAUUAGUGGAUACAAAAAAGGAAAUGAUUUUGGUGGAAUAUAUAUUCAAUCAGAUGAUAUCUUUAAUAAUUUAAAAGAUAAAAUUGAAGGAAACAAAAAUAUGAUUCAUUUAACAGAUCCUGAUGGUCAUGAUUUUUAUAUUUUUCCAGGUUCAAGAAAAGAUCCAAUAUCUCAUGUUGCUAUUAAUGUUAAGAAUAUGGAAGAUAGCAUUAGAUUUUGGAGAGAUUUAAUUGGAAUGAAAGAGAUUAAGAAAGAUAAUACAGGAGAUGUUUUUUUGGCUUUUGGGGAAGAACAAUGUUAUUUGGAGUUGGUUCCAUUACCUAAAGAUGUAGUUUUAAAUCGUGCUUCAGCUUAUGGAAGAAUUGCUUUUGCCUGUCCAUCCAAAAUUUUAAAAAAUGUUGAAAAAAAAGUUAAAGAAGUUAAUCAAAAAUUUAUUCAUACACCAUAUGUCUCUUUGGAUACACCUGGAAAGGCAACCGUCCACGUAAUUAUUUUACAGGACCCCAAUGAACAUGAAAUAUGUUUUGUUGGUGAGGAAGCUUUUAACGAGUUAAGCAAAUUUGAUCCACAUUCACAUGAAGCUUUGUUUAAAGCAAUUGAAAGUGAUGAUAGUAACUCAUUCUAUAAACAAUUUGGACUCAAGAAAGAAGAAAUUUAA